UUUCAAAGAAGUAAAUUUCAAGCUAGUUCGCACUCCACCAGAUGGCAGUCUCAUCUUUUGUUGCCCAUCUUAUAUACAGAGCUUUUACUUCUCUUAGUAUAUGAUCUGUGAGGCUAGUGGUGUUCAGUGGUGCGAAAGCUAUAAUGCGUGUUUGUUGUAUGGGAGAAGAUAUAGACUUUUUUUUAUGUAUGAGAACACGCAUUAAUUCCAGUGCGAUUGAAUCAGUUCAAAUCAUCACAAAUCAUUGAUAAAAGCACAACAUUUAAAAAUGACGGAUUUCAAGGAUAAUUUAAAUACUACAGAAGCAAAAAAUGCUGCUUCUAACAUAUCUGCAACACAGAAUCAAUCGACAAAUGAAAGAAAAAUACCAUGUAUCAUAGUACUUGGAAUGGCUGGUGCUGGAAAAACAUCAUUUGUAUCCAGACUUGUUUCUACAUUGUAUAAUAUAGGCAAACCAUAUGCUGUUAAUUUGGAUCCUGCUUGUAGAGAAGUUCCAUAUCCUGCUAAUAUUGAUAUAAAAGAUACUGUAAAUUAUAAAGAAGUGAUGAAGCAAUAUAACUUGGGCCCAAAUGGUGGCAUAGUUACAAGUCUAAAUCUUUUUACUACAAAGUUUCAUCAAGUUAUCGAACUUAUUAACAAAGCUAAUAAAGAACAUAAUUAUGUGAUCUUUGAUACACCAGGGCAAAUUGAGGUUUUUACAUGGUCGGCCAGUGGAUCAAUUAUAACAGAAGCAUUAGCAUCUCAAUUUCCAACAAUUAUUGUAUACGUGAUGGACACUGUUAAGAGUGUUAAUCCUGUUACAUUCAUGUCCAAUAUGUUAUAUGCUUGUUCUAUACUUUAUAAGACUAAAUUACCUUUUAUUGUAGUCAUGAACAAGAUCGAUAUUGUUGAACAUAGAUAUGCAAUUGAAUGGAUGCACGAUUUCGAAGCCUUUCAAGAAGCACUUGAUAUGGAAGGUGGUUAUAUCAACAACUUAACACGUAGCAUGGCACUUACGCUGGAUGAAUUUUAUAGUCAUUUACAAUGCUGUGGCGUUUCUGCGGUAACCGGUGCUGGAAUUGAUAAGUUUUUGGAGCUAGUUGAAGCUGCUGUGAAAGAAUAUGAAACAACUUAUAAAAAAGACUGGGAUAGAAUUAAGACGGAAAGGGAGACUCAACGAAAAAAAAUAGAGAAGGAACAAUUAGAAAAGGCUAGUAAAAAAGUAAUGGGAGAAACUGUAUCUCUUGUGACAACGGUCAAUAAUGGUCGCGAGACUUCGGAAAUUUAUUUGAAACAUGCAUGUAAUGAAUCAAGUGAAGACGAGGAUGGAACGGAAAAUGAUUUUGAGGAAAAUGAAGAUGAAAAGAAAGAUGAGGAAUCAUUUAAAACUUUCUUAGAAAGACAUAAAAUGGAACAAGCUAAACGAAGGAAUAAUCAAGAAUCUGAACCUAGUACAAGUAAAAAUGGACUAUCUUAAUUCAACGUAUUUUUAUAGAUUUAUUUACAAAUACAUUAUUUAACAACAAAA